CAUUGAUAAGCCGAAAAAUGUUCUUGCCCGAAGGGGUUCGACUGGGCUUCCGGCAGUUCCGCUUGGUGGGGGAGGCUGGCGAUAAGUACCCUCUGAUAGAUAGGGUGUACGAGAGUGUCGGAGGUGUAGAAAUGGACGCAAAGAUUUUUGCGAAGCUCAAGAAGCAAUUGGCUAAGGAGUCGAAGAAAAAGAAGGAGGGGGGGGCCCUCGCAACAAAGGCCUAUAGACCAGUUCUUCCCGAAGGAAGACGCUGCACAAGCACCGAAGGGGGAGAGGCCCUCGAAGGAUUCUGGCGCUGCCGCCGGUGCUGUUGUCGGAGCCCUUCAAACCGAGGCAGCGAAGAGGAAGGCGCCGGGAAAAGGUGUCGUUCAUGCCGGCAAGAAAGCUAAGAAGGCUGCCAGAGCAAAAGAUGCCCCUGUGGACAUUUCUGAAGGUCAUUCCUCCUCGGGCACCCCGAUGGUGGUGGCGACUGCUUUCGCCAAUGCCCCUCCGGGUCAGGGGGCUGAAUUGAAGUGGCCCCGGGAUAAUGUGCAGUUCUCUAUCACAAAUGGAACUGCCAUCAUGCAUGGCACCCUCAACCCGAGGGAGUUCUUAAACGGCGCCACCCCCCCCCCCCCCCCCCCGACGGAUAAGUCGGUGCUGUCCAGGCUCAAGGACGACGCCCUCGGUGGCAAGGUUCUUCAAGUCUCUGUCACUCUGCCCUCUGACUCGGUGAGCUCCUCAAGAGGCUGGAGGAAUCACAAGCCCAGAAGCGGCAAGCCGACGAGGCCUUGGAUGCAUCGCGGACGCAUCUUCUGGAGGUCCAAGAAACCCCCCGGUUAGAGCAGGAGGCCUUCAACAAAAUCCUCCAGGACUCCAAGACGGUCGUUAAGGCCGAGGGGAAGGCUGAAGGUAAGGCCGAAGCUGAAAAGGCGGCUGCUGAGGAGGCCAAGAAAACUGCUGCCAAGUCCGAGGAAGAGAAGCAAGAGGCCGUUGACCAGGCGAGGAAAGACGUCGUCUCUUCUUUCACCGUUGAGGGCUGGAAAGCCGAGGGCCACAAGGAGUGGGUGGCUUCGGUUGUGUCGGAGGCAGUAGAAGAAUGGGUUGCGGGCCUCGGUGCAUUGUGGCUUGCUCGGAAAGAGAAGAGCUAUUACGAAGGUGGCGAGUAUUUUACUCAAGCCAUGAUACCGGAAGCUUGACCGGCACUUCGGCGUGGACCCAAAGGACUUCAAGCCCGAAACCUACGGCCUCCCCCCGCUCCAGCUAGAUGUUCGGAUCCCCCUGCCCGAAGGCGA